AUGUCUUUUACUGAAAUCCCAAUCUUGGACCUGGCCCUAGCCGGGGAUCCUGCAACGAAACCAGCUUUCCUCGCCGACUUACGACACGUUCUGAUGGAAGUGGGGUUUUUGUAUCUCAAAAACGUGGGAAUACCAGAUGAGCUGUUCAGCCAAGUCAUUACGGAAGGCAGAGGAUUCUUUGAUAUACCACAAGAGGAGAAACUUAAGAUCGAGAUGAAGAAUGCAAAGUCCUUCCUCGGCUAUUCGCAGCUCUCUGCCGAGAUCACUGCAGGCAAGGUCGACCACAGAGAGCAAAUCGACCUCUCAACAGAACACCCCAUCCCAGCACCUGACGCGCCACUCUACUACAACCUCCUCGCACCCAAUCAAUGGCCCUCGGAAUCCAUCCUGCCCAAUUUCCGGCCCGUAUUCACUGAGUACAUGCAGCGCAUGGGCGCCGUAUCCACCGCCUUCACCUCGCUCAUCGCCGAGGCCAUAUCGCUCCCUGCCAACGCGUUCAAUAAGUAUUUUGAUGUUGAUCAGCAGCACAAGCUCAAAGUCGUCAAGUACCCCGACGUGUCCGAGCUCGGGAUCGAUGAUGAUGCUGGUAUUGAGGGCCAGGGCGUAGGUCCUCAUAAGGACAGCAUGCUGUCGUCGUACCUCCUGCAGGCGAACCACCAUCGCGGCCUGCAGGUGCAGAAUAUGAAGGGGCAGUGGAUCGACUGCCCACCCAUAGCCGGGACGCUCGUGGUCGCCAUCGGGCAGGGUCUGGAAGCCCUAACCCAAGGCGUCUGCUGCUCGACGACGCACCGGGUUUUGUCACCGCCCGCGGGGAAAGGGUCGCGGUUUUCGAUCCCGUUUUUUCAGGGAGUGAGGGGAGACGCGACCUUUGAGGAUCUGGAGAAUGUAGGGGUGGGAAAGGUGCCCGAGGAUGUCAAGGAGCAACGGAGACGGGUGCUUGAGAGGAAUGGGGGAACGAGGUUGGAUGAUGUCGAAUUUACGUUUCGGGCGGGCGGGGUGGCGAGGACGUUGGGGGAGGCGACGUUAAGGAAUAGGGUGAAGAGUCAUCCUGACGUUGGGGAGAGGUGGUAUUUGGAUAUACUGAGGGAUAUCAGGGCGCAGCAGCUGGAGGAAAGACAGACUGCGGCUGCGGCUGCGGAGGCACAGUGA